AUUUUCCCAUUUAUUUCUCCCUGUCUUUCAAGGCAAGUGACAACGUCGUUGGAGCUGUUCAUCUGCAAGUUGGUUGAACGAGGCAAUUAGGGUUUCCAUAUUCAUUCUCUGAUGCAAACAAUUAGGGUUUUCUCUCUCUGAUAUGCAGCAUGAACAUAGGGCUUCCAAUCUCCGGAUUGUAGCCAAUGUCAGCCCCUUUCUGUCAAGCCCUCUCUUAUCGUCCCUCUCUUCUCUCACAUCCCAUUUCCAGAGCUAGGGUUCUCAAGUUCUCCAAAUCCCCCCUCCCACUCAAUCGGACUUCACUCCUCCUCGGCUCUCUCUCCAAGUCUUCCAAACAUAAAUGGCAAAUUUCAUGCUUUAGGCAUGAAGACACUUCUUCAGAAUUUCUUGAGCCCGAGAAUGUAGAUGAUAAAUUGCCGGAAAUACUGGUGAACCCUGAAUUUGAACAAUCGAAUAUUGGAUAUGAUGAUUGGGCUUCAAGUCUUAGAAAGGCUGCAGAUGUAGUUUUUAUUGCAGAACCUUGGACAGUGCCAUGGACAGCAAAGACCAUUCUGCAGGUAAUGCUCCUCUGGAUUGCCUCCUUCUGGUUAGUAGGAUCUUGGAUAAUUCCGUUCUUGGCUCACUCAGCAGGUUUCAGAAAGGAAUCCUUGACAUGCAGAGGACAAGCUUUAUAUAUUCUUUUGACAGACGUGGCAGAAGGCCUUGCUGGGAUUGCAAUCCUCCAUCACUGCCUCGCAAGGUUCCGUCCUCUACCAUCGGAUUGGUUCAGGUUUAAGCUUGGAGGGAAAUGGCACUUUGAUGUUGGCUUGGGUUGCCUUAUGUUUCCCCUUGUCAACCGGCUCUCACAAGUCAACUUAAAUUUAUUGCCUAUUAUUCCAUCUGCACCUGUCACAGUCUCAAGUAUUGAGCAAUCAAUUAUUUCACGAGAUCCGGUGGCGAUGGCCCUCUAUGCCAUUGUAGUGUCGGUUUGUGCUCCUGUUUGGGAAGAGAUUGUCUUCCGCGGGUUUCUUCUCCCUUCUUUGACCAGGUACAUGCCUGUAUGGUGCUCAAUUCUUGUGAGUUCAAUAGCUUUUGCUUUGGCACAUUUCAAUUUGCAGAGGAUGUUACCGCUUGUAUUCCUUGGGGUGGUGAUGGGUGCUGUUUUUGCGCGAUCACGAAACCUGUUUGCUUCGAUGCUUUUGCAUAGCCUCUGGAAUGCCUUUGUAUUCCUAGAUAUUAUGAAAUGACAUUCUUGUUAUGUAUUUUUAUAUUUGUUAAUCGGGUCUAUUCGCCAUUUCUUCUCUUGCCGUGUAUAAUUGUAGUGUUGGUGUAUAGGAUUUUCUGAUGAUUGAUUUAGACAUUCAAUCACGACACAAAUGAAAUGUGAAAUUCUUGAGUAGUCUACUUCCCUUCAAAUAAUGAACCCCUUGAAUUAUGGGAGGACUUUCGAA